AUGUCUUCAAACGACCCGCACCGCGAGAAUGAAGAGGAAGACUAUAUGCAGGCCGACGAUGCCGAAGAGAUCUUUGAUCGUGAUGAGGAUCACCAUAUGUCGGAGGGAGAAGACGAAGAAUAUGCCGACGAGAACAUGACCAUCGAAGAUGAGAUCACCUUCCAAAACGACUCAGCAGCACACUUCGACUCGCACUCAGACUCUGUAUUCUGUGUUGCGCAGCACCCAGUUCACAACAGCAUUGUCAUGACCGGUUCCGGUGAUGACACGGCCUACAUCUUUGACUCGACUCCCGCACCGCGUCCUGUGUUCCCAUCUAGCUAUGAAUCAAACCCUCAACCAAAGGAGCGCGAGUCUCUCUUGCCUUUGGCCAAGCUCGAUGGGCACACUGACACUGUGAAUGCCGUGACUUUCACCGAGCCCGCAGGAGAGUAUGCCAUUACGGCGGGUCUGGAUGGAAAGCUGCGUGCUUAUCGCGAUACCACACCCCAGAAGACCGGACUCGCAUGGGAGUUCUUUGGCGAGGUUCAGGAAGUGGAAGAGAUUAAUUGGAUGGCCGUGUGCCCCUACCAGCAGGGAAAUGAAGGGACGCAAAAUGUUAUUGCCAUCGGUUCCAACGACGGCAGCGUGUGGGUCUUCCGUAUUGAUCAUACCGACUCCGGGCAACCUAUCUCCAUCAUUCAGACCUUCUUCUCCCACACCGAAUCAUGCACUGCAGGCGCAUGGACGCCUGAUGGCAACCUGCUGGCAACUGUUUCUGAGGACGCCAGCUUCUUUGUUUACGACGUCUUUGGAGCUGCUGCCGCCGCUGGCAUCGAGUACUCCCAAGGUACCAAUGCCAUCCUUGGAUUGAAUGCGGAGGAUCAGCGCUUCGCCGUGGAGGGUGGUCUUUACACCAUUGCCAUUUCCCCCAGCGGCGGUAUUGCUGCAGUGGGUGGUGCUGAGGGCCACAUUAGAAUCGUCGGUCUUCCUCGAGUCACAGCAAGUACCCCUGCAGCCAAGGGUAAGGGCAAAGGCACACCCUCCCAGGCAGCCGGUUCCACCGCUGCAGGCACUAUUAUGGCCGCAUUGCAGACUCAAACAGACAACAUUGAGUCACUCUCCUUCUCCCAAGCCCCGUUCACCCUUCUUGCUGCUGGGUCUGUGGAUGGUUCGAUUGUGAUGUACGAUGCGGCUCAUCGAUUUGCGGCCCGUCGGCAUAUUAGGGAUGCCCAUGAGGGAAGCGCCGUUGUCAAGGUUGAGUUCCUGCCUAGCAGCAAGCAACUCGGUGCAACCGUCUCAGGGCCCCUUGCCAAUGCUUCCGCAGCCCACCAGAACCGCUCUUGGAUGCUCACAUCUGUCGGUCUGGAUGGUGUAGUCCGACGUUGGGACGCACGCGGUGGAACCGCCGCGGCUUCUCAAGGAUUGAUGCAGGAGUGGAAGGGACACAUGGGUGCCACGGAAAACGACGAGGGCGAGCAAUCUGGUGGCAUCAUGGGCUUCGUACAGGGCUUGGAUGGAAAGCGGAUUGUUACUGCCGGUGAUGAUGGUAUCUCGCUGGUAUUUGAGGAGUAA